AUGGUUCAGAUGGAUGACCAUGGCCACGGUCCAACCGUCAUAGGUGCGGCUGUCGACGAUGACCUUGUCGACGUGGACCUUAACAGUCUGGACGACGAGACGCAGCGUUUUGUGCUGGAGACGCACCUGGAGAACAUCGGCUUCAUCGAUUUCAUGGGCUUCGAGCUGGCGAGCCUUUCCUCACAGCAUUCCAGCUACAACAACUUGCCGAAUGUCUCGGGUGGUCGGGGGGCCGGAGGCGGCAUGGGCAAUGCCAGUGACAACGAUGAAGUCCUUUGUCGGCAUGGGCAUUCUGCGCAGACCCCAGUCAUUCUGCAUAGCAACGACCCCUACCGCUUAACGUCGAGCCGCCUUUCGGCGCCGCCUUCCUAG